AUGAUGUCUGCCUUACUUGCGGAACAUCCCAAAAUGAGCGUCUCCGAGAGUUUUUACAGAGCCUUGUGGGCUGGCAACCAUAGGGACCAAUAUCAUGGAUACAGUCCACUUCAGCAUGCCUUUGGAAGGGCUCCGGAUGAAUUCGGUCAUUUGGGAGAAAGUAAACUUCGGGAGAUUCCGGUCCUGACGGAGCAUGGGAUUUCAGCUGAGUUUGGUGUGGACUUCAAGGCUAUGCUAACAGCUGAAAAGGCCUUCCUGGAAGAACAAGCUAAGGAAAGGCUCAGACGGGCUGAGCUUGCAGGAGCUCGACCGAUGAAGAACGUGUGCCCAGGAGACCUGGUCUAUGUGUGGAGGCGGAUGACACCGCGACAGGACGGGCAGCGCCAUUUCAAGGGUGGAGGUUUCGUAGGUCCUUACCGGGUUCUUGCGACAGAGACCAGAACCAACUCAGAGGGUCAACUCACCGCAGGACAUGUUGUGUGGUUGUAUAGAGGGGGACAGUUAGUCAAGGCAGCUCCUCAACAACUGAGACCUGCUACUGCAAGAGAGGAGGCAUGGCAUGCUUUGCAGCAUACUGCGGAGAUCCCUUGGACUAUUGCGGAAACCUUGAAACAGCAGCCCCCACACCAAUUUGAAGAUGUGUGCGAUGAUGCCGCGCAAAUGCCAGAGGGAGUGAGAGACGGAGAGGUUGAGAGUUCCGUGAUUGUGCCGAGGAGAGUCGUUGGUAAGAAGGCUCCCCAGAGAAGAGAAAGAAGCAGAAGCCCACCUCCUCCUCCCACUCGGGGUGAAACCGGGGAAGAAGAUGACAUGGAGUUGCUGAGGGAGUUCGAGAGAGAAGACAGAGAGGCGAGAGCGAGAGAAAGAAGCCGAAGUAAUCCACUCCGUGGUCGCGCCUUGCCUCAGCAACCACCUUUGGAGGAGUCGCAUUUCUCGGAAGAGCACAACUGUAUGUUUUCCCAGGAGGAAAAUGCUUUCUGGAGUCAGGAAGAGAGGCCAGCCGUGAGUUUCAGCAUGACCUUACCACAAGCGAACACGAAGCAGGGCAAGGAGUGUUUGAGGGACAUGGGAUGUUUCUUCAGCAAACAACUUCGGAGGAGCGCCGUGGAAAUCUCUGAGCGCCACCUCUCAGAGGCGGAGCUGGAAGGGUUCAGAGGAGCGAAGCAGAAAGAAGUGAAGAACUUUAUAGUGGCUAAAGCUUUUAGAGCUCUCCCAAAACAUUUGAUCCCCACCAAGGAACAAGCCCUGAAGAUGCGUUGGAUUCUGACGUGGAAGGUUGAUGAAAGCCCUCAAGAAAAAGAGCCCCUAAAAAGGGAUAGUCUUGGAAAUCCGCUGAAACCAAAGGCCAGAGCUGUGGUUCUAGGAUACAUGGAUCCCCUCUACGAGCACAGACCUACGAGUAGUCCUACCAUGAGCCGCACGACACGUCAGAUGUUCCUGCAGAACUGUGCGAACCAUGGCUUCCGGGUUGAGAAGGGAGAUAUCAGUGGCGCUUUUCUCCAAGGCGACGAUUUUGGUCCUGAGAGACCUAUGGUCUGUGAGCCCCUACCGGAGAUCUGCGAUGCGCUAGGAGUGCCGCGAGGACAACACAUGCUCCUGACCAAGGCAGCAUAUGGUUUGGUGGAGGCCCCGAUACAAUGGUUUCUUUCUGUUUCGAGAUUUCUGGAAAGCAUAGGAGGCGAGAGACAACUGUCCGAUCCUGCCUGUUGGGGUUUCUUUCGGAAAGAUAGGACUCCUAUUGGUUGGGUUUGUGGCCAUGUUGACGAUUUCCUUUUUGGUGGAAAGCAAGAUGAUCCUGAAUGGGAAGCAAUCCGGAAGAAAAUUCAAGAGCGCUUCAAAUGGGGUCAGUGGGAAACCAAAUCCUUCACUCAGUGCGGUGUUUUGAUUGAGCAGACGGAUAGCGGGUUCCAGUUGAGCCAGCCCCAAUAUCUCAGCAGCAUUGAUGAGAUACACAUCAGCAAAACCCGUUGGAACACUUUGUCCGAGCCCUUGUCAGGAUACGAAUUGUCUCAGCUCAGGAGUGUUCUGGGAGCUUUGUCUUGGCAUGCCAAUCAAGUUGCCCCAUUGUGGAGCACCGCGGUGAGUAUGCUGUUAUCUCGAAUACACACCGGAACGGGACAAGAGAUCGUUGACACCAACAAGUUGCUUCGUAAGGCGAAGCUCUCUCAGCACCAGAAGAUGCACAUACACAAACAAUCGCCUGACCAGAUGCUUUUGGCUGCUUGGGUUGAUGCGGCUGAUGGAAGCCGACCGGAUGGCAGCUCCACCAAGGGCGUGUUCAUUGGAUGGACACAUCAGCGUCUUUUACAAGGGGACUUGGCAAAGAUUAGUCCUAUGUUCUGGCAGUCAGCUAAGAUUCAGAGGACUUGCAAAAGUUCUGGGGCUGCAGAAACUCGUGCUGCAGCAGACGCUGAAGAUGAGUUGUAUGCCGUUCGGUUCCAAGCUUAUGAGUUUUCAGGAGGGAUUGUGUCUUUGUGGCGAUGUGAUGAUGCGGUGUGUCAGGUGCCCGGAGUGAUGGUGAGUGACAGUAAAAACCUGUACGACCGACUUCAACAAACCAUGCUCACACUGAAGGGUGCCGAAAAGAGGAUUGAUAUCGAAACUCUGUGGGUCAACGGGGACAGUCAGCUGGCUAACUCACUCACCAAAGAGCAUGAGCCCCACCAGUCGGCGCAGAUCUCGGUGAACUUCCGAGAUUGGACAGCUCCCGCAUUCAAGACAGAGGGACUGGUGGGAAUGCCCGGACAAGAGCUUCGAGAAGACGAGCUGCGCCACUUUCUUCGAGAGGAAGAGCAGAUCUGGGUCAUCAGUUUCAGCGACCAGCGGCCGACCGAUGAACCCAGAGGACAGAAUUUCGUUUCCGUUCCAGAUUCAGGACUGGUGGGAAUGCCCGGACAAGAGCUUCGAGAAGACGAGCUGCACCACUUUCUUCGAGAGGAAGAGCAGAUCUGGGUCAUCAGUUUCAGCGACCAGCAACCGGCCGAUGAACCCAGCCGCGACAUCAAAGGACAUCACGGAAUAGCAGCUGGAGUUUGCGAGUUUGCCCACGCUCGUGAAAGUGCUGCGAACGAGACACCAGGAGGACAGAAUUUCGUUUCCGCUUCAGAUUCAGGUGGCUUGCUUCAUAUCCUCACCUGCAGGCGGGACAAACAGCUGAAAGACUUGUCUGGAUGCUACGAGACUUUCAUAGCAGCGAUCCCUAUGGCGCUGCCUACCCGCCGCCCAGCUAUGCCGCCCGGGGUCCACCUGGGCCCCCAGGAGGCGAAAUAA